AUGGACCGAAUAUCAUCAAUAAAAGAGGAAGAAGCAAACAAUUUGAAAGUUAAAGUAUUGCAAGAAGUAAUAAAAGAAACUAUAUAUUGUAAUGAUAGACUUUGGAUCCUACCUAAGUUAUGUUGCAUCUACAACGGUUACUACCAUCAAAGUGAUACAGAAUGGUCAGAUCCAAAAGAUCCAUGUAAUAUAUUGCGAUGUGAAGCUGGUGUGAUCACAAUAUCUACCUUACGAUGCCAUACUCCUUGUGCGAAACCAUUGCCACCCGAACCAGGGAGGUGUUGUCCGACUUGUCCAGAAUGCAAAAUAAACGAACAAAUAGUCACUGAUGACAGAGAUGUUACUUCAGAUGAUCCUUGCCUACAAUGUCGGUGUACAGGAAAAAAGAUGGUUUGCUCGAAGAAAGCAUGUCCUGUGUUGCAAUGUGUUCAACAAAGACAAAUUCAUCCUGUGGGCGAAUGCUGUCCGAGAUGUCAAGGUACCAGAGCUCUUGUCAGUCUGAGAAAUACUUGUACCGUCAAAACAUCAUUAUUCAGGCAAGAUGACAAGUUUAGCGUCGACAAAUGUACCAACUGUACCUGCACUAAUCAAACAGCAAUAUGUAACAGAUAUACAUGUCCAAUAUUGGACUGCGCUCCUGAUUUACAAAAGUCUGUUCCAGGCAGUUGUUGCAAAAAAUGCGAACUUCCAGAAGAGUUUAGAUCUGAUUGCUAUAUCAAUGGACAUAAUUAUCAGGCAAGUAAAAUAUAA